AUGACAGACCUGCGUGUCCUGUUGUGUCAUGUGCCAGCCGCUCUGGCAGUGGUGUCUGAUAUACAGAGUGAACAACCCAACUACUGUAAUCAACGCGAUCGCGGAAAUGGCGAUGGCGCUCACGCUCAUUACUACUUCAACCAAGACAGCCAGUCAUGUGAGCUAUUUACUUAUGGGGGUGAAGGCGGUAACAAGAACAACUUCCGAACGGAGUCUGAGUGUCAAGCAGCGUGCAUAUGCACUCAGGGAACCGAUAUAAAACUGCGGCUUCGGAAAUGUGCCAGACCUGUAUACUACGACAUCGGACAGGGCAUAUGCACUAGAGCCAAGCGUCUUGCCUGUAACUCAAACGUGAAUCGUUUCACAUACGAGGAUGAGUGCGGCGAGGUGUGUGUCACGGCACGCUGCUUCCUCAAACAGAAGCAAGGAACAUCCAAACGUUACUCCUACAAUGCUGCCACACAGCGGUGCGAGAUAUUUACCUAUAACGGUUGUAAUGGGAACCUGAACAACUUCCAGACAAGGGAGGAAUGUGACCGAAGCUGCACCCAACUCAUCCGCCAAAAUGAUGGACCCAACGAUCGCAGCCCCGACUGCCUCCUCUCCAAAAAGAGGGGUAUUUGCAGAGGUACUUUUACCAAGUUCUAUUACGAUUCCCAGGACG